GUCUAUGGGAGAGAGGGAGAGAGGAGGCUUGGGCCAGCUGAGAGAAACUGUCAGAGUAUCAGAGCUGUUUCAGACGGACAUUGCAGCGUCAUUCACUGAAGCAGUACAGUAUUAGGAAUCAUAAACAGUACACUGGCUAACUUGACCUGGGAUGACACUGAACCCACACACACGCAUGCACACUUAAAGUAGAACGCACAUCUAUAGACUUACACACAGACAGGUAAAGGCCCAGUCCCCUUGGAGGGGUACCGGCCCUGUCAACAUGGGGAGCUCUCAGUCCCAACAGAAGAAGAGGGGCGGGGCAGCAAACUCAACCAAGAGGAAGACAAGUAACAUUUCAGACUCAGAGGGCCACUUUGAAACCCCAGAGGCUCAGAGCCCUGUCCACGCUCCACUCCAAUUCCCAGAAGAGCUGGAGACCUUCACCACUGACAGAGCAGAUGCUCUGGGGGAGGAAGAUGAACAGCUGAUAGUGUCUGGCCCAGCCAGGGAUCCAGCUCCUAGCCUCCUCUUUAACCAGAACAUGGGUCAGGCCAAGCCCCCCUUGGCCCCUGAGGAGGAGGCCCCUGUGGACUCUGAGGGGCCACAAACACUGCCCAACACCACAGACACUGCAGAGGUUCAACCUCCAAUAGCAGGCCCAUCAGCCCAGACCAAUGGAGCAGCAAAGGCCACUGCUUCUCUAGACUUAGGUCUACCUGAGGAGGAUAGACCACUGGCUACUUCUCUAGACUUAGGCCUAACUGAGGAGGAUAGACCACUGGCUACUUCUCUAGACUUAGGCCUAACUGAGGAGGAUAGACCACUGGCUACUUCUCUAGACUUAGGCCUACCUGAAGAGGAGAGGCCACUUGCUACCUCUCUAGACUUAGGCCUAACUAAGGAGGCUAGCAGUACAGAGACGCUUUGUAAUGGACACCCCAUAGAGACCAUCCCUGAACCUCAGGCCAAACACACUAAAACCAUACCCCCUUCCCUGAAGAUAAAGGGAGCCUUUUCCAGGGCUAGUGCACAGAGGGGCAGGGACAGUGAUAUCACCCUAGUCCCUAAGGCUAGCUACAACUUCAACCUGGACCAAUUCGACGACAGCUUCAAUCCGUUGGCCAGCGGCGGCUACAAAAUUCAGAACUCCCCGCCAGCUUUUGCAGCCGAUGCCCUGCCCACAAUGGAGUCGCUACCUGUACCUAGCUCCCUGCCCACACUGGGGUCGUUACCUGUAUGCAGCUCUUCUCCACCGCUUUGUGGGACUAGUUCCUCACCUAAAAUGGACGUUGAGGAGGUCAAAGAUUCAGCAUCGGAGGCAUCAGAGGAGCCCAAGCCUGUGAAGAUGGAGUUUGGGUUAGACGAGGCAGUCGAGGUAAAAAAAACACCGCCCAGGAGGAUGGGUAAAAAGCCCAGCAGCAAGCUCGCCGUCAAGAAACCAAGGGCAAAAGCAACGACAACAGUACCUGCCCUAACGCCGGCACCCGAACCAGUAAUAGCUGAACCGGUAGUAGAGACGGUUUCAGAAACGACUUCCGAACAGCUUUCCAUGCAAGGUGCCACCUUAAGUUUGGACGACGUUCCUAUUCCCAAGUCCACUUAUAACUUUGACCYCAACCAGUGGGAUGACCCUAAUUUGAACCCGUUUGGGGGUGGKGGUGUCAAAAUAAGUAGUUCCCCGGUUUUGCCCAAAGGAUCCUACAGCUUUGAUCCUCACAACUUUGACAACUAUGUGGACCCCUUUAAGCCAUCUACAGCCCUGGGCAGCGAGAACUCAACCUCCCAGGAUACCCCACUUCCUCCGCCAGCAGAGGAAGCAGUGAAACCAAAGCUGGAGCAGCCCCUGGAUGAGGGGAAGAGAAUGUGUCAGAAUCCAAAGAAAAGCAAGGACAGGAUCAUCACGAAUUUGUGUAAGGUGAAGAAGUAUGAAAACCAGUCCCUGGUCCUGGAUGUCUGCAAUCAGGAAGAGGAUGUGGUGGUGUCACAGGUCCAAGAAAUGCCCCGCCGCAUUCGCCAUGCCACCGAUGAGGAAAAGCUGGCUUGCAGUGAAAUCAUGGACCAGAAAGCCAAUGAGGAAGCCGGGAUGGAGGUGGAGGAGGAAGAAGACUCAGUGUGUGCCAAAGGCCCAGCUAAAGGCCCAACCAAAGGCCUGGCCAUCACAGACAAUGUCAAAAGCCAGGCAAUGCUGGAUGGGCCACAGGCGAAGAUAACACACUAUAUGAAGGAAAAUGACAUUUGCAUUUCAAGUGAAGAGCUGUCAAUCACCCCAAGGUCAAAGUUGAUUGGCUGCAAGGGACAGGAUGACAAAGGUAGUCCCUCCUCCAUGGAUACCAUAUCGCUAAAUGAGAUGGACAAAGCAGCGGUGCUCACCUUGAUCAGAGAGGAGAUAAUCACUAAAGAGAUAGAGGCCAACGAGUGGAAGAGAAAGUAUGAAGACAGUCAUAUGGAGGUGUUAGAGAUGAGGAAAAUAGUGGUGGAGUACGAGAAAACAGUUGCACAGAUGAUUGAGGAUGAGCAGCACAAGAGGAGUGUCCUGGGCUCCCAGAAGAGUGUCCAGCAGGUGACUCUGGAGCGGGACCAGGCCCUGGACGACCUCAACUCUGUGGAGCGCUCACUCUCGGACCUCUUUAGACGUUACGAGAACAUGAAGACCAUCCUGGAAGGAUUUAAGAAGAAUGAAGAGGUGCUGAAGAAGUGUGCCCAAGAGUAUCUGGUCCGCGUCAGACAGGAGGAGCAGAGAUACCACACACUCAAGAUCCACGCUGAGGAAAAACUAGACAAGGCUAAUGAAGACAUAGCCCAGGUGCGCUCCAAGGCCGACUCAGAGAGCGUGGCUCUUCAUGCCAGCCUGAGGAAAGAGCAGAUGAAGGUGGACUCCUUGGAGAGAGCCCUCCACCAGAAGAAUCAAGAAAUCGAGGAGCUCACAAAGAUCUGUGAUGAACUAAUAGCAAAGCUCGGGACAUCAGACUGAUACCUGAAAUCAUAAACGUUGGAGUUGUUGGAUGUACUGUUCCACCAACUUCUCUCCCCUCUGCCUUACCAUUGCAGCCAAGGCCUAACCAUCCCCACUGCAGCUAGCUGGUAAAUUACUGUACACACUUCUAUACAAUCUGAACACGUCUCUGCUAUUAUUACUCAAACACACAGCGAGUGACUGCAAUAGUCACCCCUAUUGUUUCAGAUUGGAACAAAUAAACAGCGAAACAGCAAUGUGUGUGUGUAUAUAUAUAUAUAUAUAUAUAUAUAUAUAUAAUUAUUUUUUUUUUAAUUUAUUAUAACCAAUUAAGUAUUGACAUGGCAAUUUGUAAUGUUCAAUGUUGAACUUUGAUGCGCAUGUAGGGCCAAAUCUUAACUUUUGGAUAAAUUAGGUAAAUGAAGGUCAAGUUAAGGUAUGGACCUUACUGUCGAUUUCUACUUAUUGUAAGUGAAACUAUGUGAAGGAACUAGUAGCUAGUAACCUGUUGUGUUGCGUACUGUGUGUACGGUGUGUUUGUAAUGUGUGUGCCCCAUCAUGGAUUAUCGUGUACCACAUCAUGGAUUAUCGUGUACGACAUCAUGGAUUAUCAGUGUUGUCAGAAGAGACAGAGACCUGUGUUCCAGAUAGGGUGUGAGGGAAAUUCUUUUGAUACAGUUGGUGGCUCUCUUUUUGUAUUUACUUGUGUUCAACAGGUUUACACUUCAUCCUGCUGCUAUUCAAGUUUGUUGUUGUUGUUGAUUAUAUUCCAUUUCUGUCUCAUCUCGUUUGAUCUUCUGUUGUUUUGUGUGUUUGUUUGCUCCCUUUCUUUAGGUAUGCUAGUAUAAAUCACAUAUUUGUUUUUGAUCAUGGGACAAUAUAUAGACAAUAUAUAGGCUUCAAUCCAUAUUCCUUGUGUUUUACCGCUUAGCCCAUGUAGCCUAUAACUAAAGAGCACUAUUCUCUGACCUCAUCAUAGCACAUAGUAUUACACGAACAGCUUAACAAAUCUAGCAAUGGAGUAAUGACAUACCCUGUAAUCCUUUUAGUUUCACUCUCUUUAAGAAUGGGUUGAAACUGCCAUGUGGUUUUUUCUUCUUUAUUUUAGCUAGACACAGCAUAGGGAGCUGUGGUUACAUUGAUUGGCUCUCUGCAGCACAGCCACAGUUAAGUUUCUCUCUAGGCCUUGGGAAAACAAGACAAAUGUUUUCCAUCAUCACCAUAAUACUUGUGUUGCCAAAUGUUCCCCCCUGUGUUGCUCAAUACCAGUUAUUAUUAGAGAUUAUGAUGGAUCUGUAAACUGUUUCAAUGCAGGUGUGGAUGCUUGUUUAGAUAGAUGUUCUCAGAGCUAUCAAAAAGCAAACUGGUUGGCCAGCAUAACAACUGUUUGCCUAAUGUUAUAACAAUAUAUAGGGCCAGUUCCAAACUACCCUUUAGGACUACAAGGACCUAUAGUAUGUGGACAUGGAAGUUGGAGAAGCCCAGAUGAGGUCCUACCUGGGUCAUCGUUUGGGAGUCUUUGCCUUAUCGUACCUAUUUCAUGGAUCAACAUCAUCAUCAUCAGUACAGUACAAUCCACUGCCAAAUGUUAUUAUUUUGCCAAAUCAAAGGCUGUUUGAAGCUGCUUUUAAAUGUCUAUAGCUGCCAUAAUGUGUACAUUUUAUAUUGUAUGAAAAUAAUUUUAUUUUAAUGGCAGUAUUUGUAAAGAGGAUUUAUUAUAGUGUAUGAUAUACUGUAUAUUGUGUGUAGAAGGCAUUCCCUGAAUAAAGGUUAUCAUGAUUAA